UCACUCUCUUCCGUCCUCCUUUCUCGGCUGCUCCACUGCGUUUCUCACUCUCCCUUUUCGCAUCUCCUUCUGUUGUCGCGGGCGACGCCGCCUCUUUGCGACUCCGUUUAUUUGCCUCCGUCGUCCAUCGAUUUCAGCAACUGUACAGUUUCAUUCUUCAGACUUUCAACUGUUGGUAUUUGUCGCUCUCCUCAAUAUUUUGGGCAAGAUCCGCCACUGCUUGUGUGUGAUGCAUUCGUUGAGGAUGAAGAUGUCAUUGAUUCGGCCUCUGUUGACGAGGCGAGGAUUCAGCACAAGCUCUGACAAAAUGGUUGCCGCUGUGCUGUUUGAGAGAUUGCCUGUGGUUAUUCCCAAAGUUGACCCUGUUGUUUAUGCAUUUCAAGAAUUCUCGUUUCGAUGGCGAAUGCAGUAUCAACGUAGAUAUCCCGAUGAAUUUCUAGACAGAUCUGAUGCAAGGGGGAAAGGUGAUUAUCAGAUUGACUAUGUGCCAGCACCAAGAAUCACCGAAGCAGACAAAAAAAAUGAUCGAAGGUCACUGCAAAGAGCUCUUGACAAAAGACUCUACCUUCUUCUCUAUGGUAAUGCUCAUGGGGCUCCAAGCGGAAAUCCUGUGUGGCAUUUUCCAGAGAAAGUAUAUGAAUCAGAGGAAACAAUGCGUAAGUGUGCAGAAUCUGCAUUGAAAUCAGUCAUAGGAGAUCUUUCCGAUACAUAUUUUGUUGGAAAUGCUCCAAUGGCCCAUAUGGUUGUUCAGCCUAAAGAAGAGCAGUCAGGAUCCACAUCUUUUAAGAAAUUCUUCUUUAAAUCACAAGUAAUUUCUAAAAGCCAGUACAACAUUGGAAAAUGUGAGGAUUUUGUUUGGGUGACGAAGGCUGAAUUGUUGGAGUAUUUUCCUGAGCAAGCUGAGUUUUUUGGCAAAAUGAUCAUUAGCUGAUGACAGUGGAGACAGUUGUUUAACUAAAAUUAUUGCCAAUUAGUUAGUGGAGGACCUUGAAAGAAGAUGAAUGUAACAGUUUACGGGAUCAACAAAAGGGUUUGAAUUGUGUGAUUAACUUCCAAGAUUAAGUUUUCUUAUACUGAGUAGUAAGAGUUUCAGGAUUCGAAUUAUGCUUCUAAUAGAAUUUUCUACUCCUAAUAAAUUGUCUAUAUAAAAAAAUGGAUGUCCAUGACCGUGAUUCGAACUACGACGUUAAACUCAUUACUUUUUUUGUUACAA